AUGAAGUCCAGGAUGGGCUCCUCUCAGGCACCCUCGAUGGGGCGUGUGGGAGGGCAAGGGGCGAUGGCCCUGCUGCUGGCUGGCCUCCUCCUGCCAGGGACCUUGGCUAAGAGCAUUGGAACCUUCUCAGACCCCUGUAAGGACUCCACGCGUAUCACCUCCCCCAGUGACCCCUGUCUUGUUGGAAAGAGUGGCUCCAGCAACUUCAUUUCCAGUUCGGGUGGCUCUGGCAGUGGCUCUGGCGGUGGUUCUGGUGGUGGCUCCAGUGGCUCCAGUGGCUCCAGUGGUGGCUCCAGUGGUUCCAGCGUCUCCAGUAGCUCCAACAGUGGCUUCAGUGGUGGCUUCAGUGGCUCCAGCAGUGGCUCAAGUGGUUCCUUUGGCUCCAGCAGUGACUCCAGCAGUGGCCCCAGCGGAUCCAGUGUUGCCCAGAGUGGUUCUUCAGGCUCUUUGUUAUUUAAGCCAGGGACAGGGUAUUCCCAGAGCAGCUACUCCUCUGGAUCUGGCUCUAGUCUACACACUGCUUCCAGCUCCUCCCAGUCGGGCAGCAGCUCCCAGUUGGGGUCUGGACCAGCUCUACAAACCAAUGGUGGUUCUUCCCGCUUUGUGAUAAACUCUUCCCAGUCUGGAGGAGGCUCAAGCUCCUCUGUUUCCCAGUCUUCUUGGAUGUCUAGCAAUGGUGGCCAAAGGGUCAACUCUAAUUUACGCCCUUGUAGUUCAGACAUCCCCGACUCUCCCUGCAGUGGGGGGCCCAUCGUCUCACACUCUGGCUCCUACAUCUCCAGCUCUCACUCCGUGUCAGGGGGUCAAAGGCCAGUGGUGGUGGUGGUGGAGCAGCAUGGCUCUGGUGGCCCUGGAAUCAUUCAGGGUUCCCUAUGUAACAAUGGUGGCCUUCCAGGCAAGCCCUGUCCCCCUAUCACCUCUGUAGAUGAAUCCUAUGGCAGCUAUGAAGUGGUGGGUGGCUCCUCUAACAGUUAUCUGGCCCCAGGCAUGACUUACAGUGGGGGCAAAAUCUACCCAGUGGGAUACUUCACCAAAGAUAACCCUGUCAGAGGCUCCCCAGGAGUGCCCUCCUUUGCAGCUGGGUCCCCCAUCUCUGAGGGCAAAUACUUCUCCAGCAACCCCAUCAUCCCCAGCCACAGCUCCUCCAGUGCCAACAUCGCUUCCUCGGCCAUUGUGUUCCAGCCAGUGGGCUCGGGAGGGGUCCAGCCGUGUGCAGCUGGCUCCUCAGGCUCGAGGGGGCCCUGCUCCCUCUCCAGUUCUGGAGUCCACAGCAGCUCAAGUGUCUCUGGCAGUUCUGGGUCACUUUCCCACCCCUGUGGCAGUAUUUCCCAGGGCCCCUGUUCCCCACCUGGCACGGGCUCACUCAGCCACAGCUCCACCUCUCAAUCCAGCAGCAAAAUCAUUCUUCAGCCCUGCAGCAGCAAGUCCAGCUCUGCUGGUCACCCUUGCAUUUCUGUCUCCUCCUCAGUAUUGAGUGGAGGUCGUGAUAGCUCUCUCCAACCUGAUCCAUCAGCUGUUGCUCAGCCCUGCGGCAGCUCUGGGAAGAAGCCCUGCCGCUCCAUCCGGGACAUCCUGACACAGGUGAAGCCCUUGGGAUCCCAGCUAGCUGACCCUAAACUCUUCCUGCCCCAGGGACAGUUACAUGACAGUCCAUGA